AUGGAUUUGAUUUCUCCCAAAUUGGUGCGCACUAAUUUAACGUUCAUAUCCUCCUCAUUAUUGUUUAUUUUCUAUCUUUUGUAUACAGUGGAACAGCGUGUUGCUAAACUUGAAUCUUCUCUGAAACCUGAGGAGCGUCCUGCACCCGUGAUUGCUCCCGCGUUGCAAGCCAAGGCACAUGACCUUGAAAGAGAGAUGAAGAAGGAUUCUGUACACGCAGAAUUGGAGAAGCGCCACUCUGUGGAAGAGAUGGAGUCAAAGGGCUUUAUCAGUACCUCGGUUGCUCCUUCCUUGGCGUCUCGUGUGAAGUCUGUUGAAAAGGAGAUGAAGAAGGAUUCCCUUCAUCGCGAGCUGGAUCACCGCAGCGAUCCAUCCGCCCUUGAGGAGCGUGGAAUCCUCCGCAACUCCGACUCGAGCGUUCUGGCCAGCCGAAUGGUGGAACUGGAGCAUAACAUGAAAAAAGACGCCGUGAACCGCGGUCUGAAAGAGCGCUCGGACAUGAACACGCUCGUCGAGGCGGGUAUUCAGAUGAAUCCCUCGAUCGCCCCGUCGAUUCGCGCGAACGUCGCUUCGUUAGAGCGCAACAUGAAGAAAGACCAGCUGAAUCGAUCGCUGUCCGACCGUCCCGAUGAGAGCGUUCUGAUGGAGCAGGGCAAGAUGAUGGGACACCAGAUGGCUGCGAGUUUGCAGCCCACCGAGAAGAAGCUGGACAUGCAGUUCAAGAAGUCCUCGGUGGAGCAGAAGUAGGGAUUCCCGCGGGAUUUGACGCAGACUGCUGCAGCGACCGACCCCGGAGGAGCUGAAGGAGAUUCUGCCGGGAGUGUACGAGAGUCUGAGCGAGGAGUCGAAGCAGGGAGUGAAGGUGGCGGAGAACUCGCCGCUGAUGAAGGUGUACACGUCGCUGCUGAUGUCCAGCUUCGAGCAACUGAUGAUCGUCGGCAAGGUGGGAGAGGGAGAGAGUGUGGAGAGUAGAUUACGGCGGAGGAGUACGAUCGAUUGGUGGCGAUGCUGCAGGGAGACAAGCGGAUGAAGCUGCUGGGGUUGGCUGCGGAGUACAUGAAGACGAGCAGUUAUGAGAAUGUGAGGAUAAGGAGAGAGAGUGAGGUGUGUAGUAUGAAAAGGGAAUCCUGGAGAUGGUGAAGUGAGGAGGGAGAAAGGCGUAUAAGGUGUACAUGAAACUUGUGUUGCGUUGUGUU